GUGGGUAUAAAACAGAAGGGAUAGAGAGAGAAUUCAUCUGACACCACUUUCCGAUCUUCGUCAGACAUUCUGAUUCCAACAUGCAGCAAUUAGUUGUGAUUUUACUGGUGCUUCCCGCAGCCCUAUGUUUGAACUGUACCGGCAAGGCUGAUGGCAACUACGACAUCGGCUGUCGCUCCUACUCCACGUGCACUGCAGGCAGUUACCAGAUUGUCAGUUGCCCUGACACCCAGGUGUACAACAGCAAGAUCGGGAAGUGUGACAGACCCGAGAACGUGGCGCCCCCAUGUGGUGCGCAGAAAGACUGUUCCAGCAAGAAGGACGGGCACUACGCCGACAUGAGCAACAACUGCAUCUCCUACUUCACGUGUGCGGCGGGGGCCUUCUUCGGCCACAACCUCUGCCCAGCAGGCACUGUGUUUGACGAGGACAUGCAGACCUGCAACUGGGCCAACGCCGUGAAGCCUCCAUGCGGGACAUAUUCCCCCACAACUGCCAAGUCCUCCCAGUAA